AUGCGAAAAGCUGCGCUUCUCACCAUUGCCAACUUUGGCUCUGCCUUUGCCGCUCUACAGUUCUACAACCAGUGUGGUGGUGGUGCUUACACCGGAGACACCACAUGUCCCUCCGGUUCCACAUGCGUCGAAGCCACCAAGUGGUACAGCCAGUGUAUUCCCGAUGCCAAGGCUGGUCCCUCUCCUAAGGCUGCUGCUGUCGAGAAGUCUGAUGUUGAUCUUCCCAGCUUCGGGUUCCCCGAGUUCCCUGAAGCUCCUGGUAGCGGUAGCGGCAAUCAAAACGGUGGUGAGAACGACGAGAAUGCUUCUCUUACCCCUAUUGUCUCAGCUCCAGCGGAGGAGGCUGACGAGUCGAGCAAGAAGCCUGUUGAGACUCCCAUCGAUGGCCCCGUAGCUAAUCUAACUGAAGCUCCUGUCGCUACUCCUGAUGCCGGCUCUGGAUCUGGCUCAGGAGCUGGAGGUAUCACACGAACUAUCCCCGCAUCCAGCGGUGCCAGUGCUGCUGCUACCGCCAUCCCUGUUUCUGGUGAAUUCGAUGGCAAAAUGACAUACUAUGAUCGUUCCCCGGCCGUAUGCCAGGAUCAGGUGGAGACUGGCGAGGCUGAUGCCAUGUUCAUUCUCGAGGAUGGUGCUACUCUCCGCAAUGUUAUUAUUGGGCCUGGCCAAGCCGAGGGCGUCCACUGUAAGGGAACCUGCACUCUUGAAAACGUCUGGUUUGAAGACGUUUGUGAAGAUGCCAUCACCCUAAAGCAAAAAUCCGGCACCUCCACUAUCCGUGGAGGAGGUGCUUUCCACGCCGCCGAUAAGGUUGUUCAGUUUAACGGUCGUGGCACUGUCGAGAUCUCCGACUUUUAUGUUGAAGACUAUGGCAAGCUUGUGCGAUCUUGCGGUAACUGCAAGGAUAAUGGUGGUCCCCGGAAUGUUGUUAUUGACAACGUCGCUGCUGUCAACGGCGGUGUUCUCUGCGGUAGUAAGUCACACUGGAGACAUCAGUCGAGCUUGUGA